CCCACCUGCGUCUCAGCCGCCACAACAGCCUGCCGUUCAGCAGCCACAGCCAACGCCCAAUCCACCACCACAGCAAUUACCGCAGUCCCAGCAACCGGGUCAGCAGGGUCAGCAAGGCCAGCAGCAACAGCAACAGCCCCAACAACAACAAGCGCAGCAACAGCCACAGCAACCACCGCAACCACAGCAGCCCCAGUCGCAGCCCCAGCCCCAGCCUCAGCAGGGUCAGCAGGGUCAACAACAGGGUCAGCAACAACAGCCACAGGGUCAGCAGCAGCAGGGACCGCCGAUGACAGCCCAGGAGGCUCAAUUGAAGGCGCAGCAACAGCAAAAUGCGAUGAUGAUGCAGCAGCGGAUGAACAUGAAAGGGGCGACGAUACUAUGUCUUAAUACAUUUGCGGAACAGCUCAGUAAUUUCACGAGUCGCGGUGAGGCGCACGACUUGUUAUACUGGCAGUCUUUCGUGGACAAAUUCUAUUCGCCCUCUGGCGUUUUGCGACAAGGAGUAUGGAAUCCACAGACCGGCUCUAAACAGUUCGAGAUCGCAACGCCUGCACUAGCACGCUACUACCUAACCCAAUUCACAAGCGGAAUUCGUCACAUUCAAAUGAUUGUUGAAAAUGCACGGGAGAGGGACUCGCCAAAUGGGGGUCAUAUCGUCGAAAGUCCAAAAACCUCGUUCAUUUAUUGGUUUGUCAAUGACACACAGAUUUUUAGCAGCGGGAGAUUGAGGGCGCACUUCGAUAUGAACAACAAGAUUGAAAUGCUUGAUAUCGAUGUUCAGAAUUAUACUGAGUAUCUCCCUCGCAGCCAAUUGCAAGCAUUGGAGGCUGCCGACCAAAAACAAAGUCCGAAAGUCUCUAAGAAUAUGGGCAAGCGGGCUCAACAGAAACAGGUUCAACAGCCUGCCUUUACCUUGCCCGAGUCUAUGGUGACCGCCAAUGGUGUACCUUUCGCUGUAAUGAGCUUCUUGGAGGUCGCCGAAACAAUAUCUCAAAUGCAGUUGUUAUUCCAAUUCUCUCAGCAGAACCCUCAACUUUCGGCCCCUGAGGCGCUGCGCAACCUCGUUAAUAGCCUGCCAACCCAAACACCCACUCCCGGGUUUAUGCCAGCCCCGAUGAAUCCUGCUAUGCAGCCUGGGCAGAACCCGCGCGGCCCCAAUAUGAAUGGACCCAACCAGUUUGCUUCUCCAGCAAUGGCACACCUUGGUCUGCCGGGUGCGCAAGGGUCGCCUCAUCUUGGCGGUUCGGCUCAUCCAAGUCCGGCACAGAGCCAUCUUGCCGGCCCUCCAGGUAUGGUGCCACAGGGCCAAAUGCAACCUAAUGUCGGCCAGGGCACGAGCGCUAGUGCUAGCCCAAAUGUUAGUCAUAAACGGCGCCGGGCAAGUACGGUCAAGAUGGAAAACGAUGACACCGGCGCUCCGGAGGUCAACGGCACCGCUGCCCCGGGACCAAAGACGGUUAAAGCCAGUCCCCGAGUGGGUGGUAAAAGGCAGAAAGGCACUGCUAAUUAGAGGAGUUAUUACCAUGGGCUUUGUUCGCAUUUUU